UCGUAUCGAUACUGCGACAAGUAUCAUAGAUUUUGACAGAGUUCGGAACAAUUUCUACAUAAAAGUAUAUUUGCCAUUAUUUAAAUUUUAUUUUAGCUAAAAAAUAAUCUAACAAAUUGAAUAUAAUAAGCAUUGUUUAUCGUUCAAUAUUAAUUUAUAAAUUAACAAUAAUUUAAUUCAAUAAACUUUUAUAUCAAUAUUGUUAUUUUAUAAAUAUUCUGUUACAAUAUUAUAAGAAACAAUGAGUUCAUUACAUCUUGGAAAAGGUUCUAUAAAACCAGCAGAAAUUGAAGGACAAGCAAGAUUGUAUAGUAUGAAAUUUUGUCCAUAUGCUCAUAGAAUUCGUCUAAUACUUUCCAUUAAAAAAGUUCCUCAUGAUAUCGUUAAUAUUAAUUUGAAAAACAAACCGGAAUGGUAUUUAGAAAUUCAUCCCGAAGGAAAAGUACCAGCAUUUGUAGAUGCAGAUGGUAAAGUAGUCGUUGAUUCAACAGAAAUUGCAAAUUACAUAGAUAAAAAAUAUCCUUUACCUGAAUUGUAUCAUGAAGAAACAAAAAGUCGUGAUUUAGAAUUACUUGAACAUUAUUCCAAGAUUAUUGACAUUUUUUCAAAUUGUAUACAUGGUAAAGAUUCAAGAACAUUAGAUGAAAUAGUGGAUGAAAUAAGUAAUCUUUUAGAAGAGUUUGAGGAUGAAUUAAAAAUGCGUGACACAGAUUUUUAUGGAGGAAAUGAACCUAAAAUGUUGGAUAUCCUCAUGUGGCCUUGGAUUGAAAGAGCAAAGUCAUUAUCUGUAAUUUAUAAACAACCUUUAAAUGUCAAUAAACAAAGAUUUUCAAAAAUUAUGAAAUGGAUUUCUGAAAUGAGAGCACAACAAUUUGUACAAGAGAAUGCAUGUUCUUAUGAAAAAUUUGGGCAGCUUAUUAACGAAAUGAAAUCUUCUGAUGUUGAUUUCGAUGCUAUAUAAAGAUGUCAUCAAAAUGUUAUAAAAUGCUUUUACAAUAUGAUAGACAAAAGAGAAAAAGUAAGAGAGAAAAAUAUUUAUCAUUAUUAUUCCUAAUAGACAUCGCUGUAUUAUUAUCUUUUUAUUCAAAUAAUCCAUUUUAAUCAAGUCUAAAUAAAAAAGAAUAAGUUAUUUAAAAAAAAGAACUGAAAAUCAGUUUUGUGAUUUAUCAUGACACAAUGACAAUAUAUAAAAUAUGCUUCUUAAAACGAGUUGUUUUUUUAAUUCCUUAAAUAAUAUUUAUAUAGUACUCUAAUCGUAUAAGAGAUACAUCAUACACAAUGACAAAAUUAUCAACACGUGGCCUCCCUGCUGCUCGAAAAGAUAACGAGUUCCCUAACUUCGAUAUUCUUUUCUAACUAGCAGCGAGAUAAGAUCUAAUAUUUGAGAGCAAUUAAUUAAUUUGAUCUACCUUGCGUAUGAGUCCCAUUAGUAUAUAUAUUAUAUAUAUUUACAUAUACAAAGAUAGAAAUAUUCAAACGUUUUGACAAUAUACUAAUGUAUAUUCUAAUAUAAAUUAAUCUAUGUUGAAUGAAUUUCUUCUAUAUUCAAAUGAGCAAUAAAUCUCAAUCUCAUUUGUAAA